AUGAAUAAGACAAGGGAUUGGAAUGUAGUGGAUGAUGAAUUGAAUAGAAAAUUGAAACAUUCGUAAGAGUUGAAAUCAUCUCUUGAUGAUUAAUCUGCUGAAUUAUUACUUCAAAAUAAGGAUCAAAAUUAAGGUAUGAGAAUAUUUUAUUCAAAAUUAGAAUAUAAUAAUGACAUCAAUUACUAUAAGGAAUUCUGGAGAUAUUAUCUACUAAAUGAAAUGACUAUAAAAAAAGUGAAUGAAUUGCACACAUAAAAUUAAAAAUUACAUGAAUUGAUAGCUGAAAUCGAUGUAAGUAUUUAUAGUAAUAACCUAGAAAUUGCAACAAGAAUUGCAUCAAGCUUUGAGUUAUCGACAAAAAAAGAAAAACAGACGUACUUCUUAAGAGAUAGAGAAAUCUUUUAUUUGUCCAUAUGAGAAAUGUAAUAAGUAGUAUGGGAGUGAUGUUUCUUUAAAUUUACAUAUCAAAUUGAAACACGAUGGAGGAAACAAAACAGAUAGAGAAAAAUUUGCUGUAAAAUCUGUUAUUUAUUGAUUUCAUCUAGAAAAUGAUCAUUGAAGCACAACAAAACGGAGAAACAAUAACUGAUUUGAAUAUCAACAUUAAAUUUCCUCCAGGAUACUUGGAUGUACAAUUUAUUUAAUUGUAGUAAUUUAAAACUCAAUUUUUGUUAAAUUAGUAAAAUUAGUUAAACUAAGAAAGGUAAUCAAUCGAACAAGAUUGA